UUACCCUAUUUUAAUUCUUUGAAUUGCAAGUAAUUAAACGAUACACACACAGAGGAGGGAAUUCUCUGCCUGUAUCUGUAUUCCCCUGAAUUGAUCAAAUCAAACAAUGCGGACAACAAGAAACCAAAGCAAGAGACAAGCUGAAUCAACAGGUGAGGAAGAAAGCAAAAGGCCUCGACUUAAUGCGGGAAAGCAAACCUGUGUUGAUGAUAAUGACACCCUUGCUGACAUAUCACAUGAGGCUGUUGACAACCUCCUAAAGAGAUUUAAUAGACGAGGUUCGAGAGGGUCCAAAUUGCAAGAGAGUUUUCUUAGUCGUUGUGAUGCCAUAAACAAGUUGGAGAGUGGAUUGAAGAAGAAGGAAAAACAAACAGCGGAUGAGACUAGUAGUAGAAAUGUCACUGAAAGCAGUUCAUCAAAAGCGAAGGCAGAAGACGGAAUUGCUCAGCAGGCUACUAAUGAUGAUGAUCAGAUGGACGAGCCCGACUGGGAAGAAGGACCAGUUAACACUAUCAGCUCCAGAAAUGAUCAAGAAGAAGGCAAUAUUACAAUUGAAUUUGAGGCAUCGCCUGAUACAGCGAAGCGGAAGACUAUCUGUCGAGCUUCUGCUGAAGAUAAGGAACGAGCUGAGCUUGUGCAUAAAGCUCAUCUUCUCUGUUUACUAGGACGAGGAAGAUUAAUUGAUCGCGCCUGUAAUGAUCCUUUAAUUCAGGCUGCCUUACUUUCACUAGUACCAAGACAGUUUUUGAAGAUAUCAGAAACCUCAAAACUUACAGCAAGAGCUCUGGCUCCUCUGGUUAAUUGGUUUCAUAAAUACUUUCACAUCAGACUCCGAAACGAUAAGGAGAGAUCAUUUGAAUCAGCUCUAGCAUUAGCUCUUGAGACACAAGAAGGCACUGGAGAGGAGAUUGCUGCUUUGUCUGUAGCACUUUUUAGAGCUUUGAAUCUCACAACCCGGUUUGUUUCUGUUCUGGAUGUUGCUUCCUUAAAACCUUGUGUUGAAAAAAAUGAAUCCGUAAAUAAGAAAGCUACACGUACAAGUAGGGGGAUAUUCAACUCUCCAACAUUGAUGGUGCCUACUGCAGAUCUAGUCUCUGGUUUUCCUUCUAGACAGUUUGCUCUUGCUGACAUGGAUAAUGUAUGUGAAACAUCUGGUAGACAUUCUUUCAAAAAUAAAAUCAGAAAGACAGAAAGUAGCACAUCUCAAGUUAGAGGUUCUCCUCCUGCUGACCAGUUGAAUGAUUAUGAGGCACAGAAUAAUAUGUCUGACUCUGGUUUUACACAAUUCAAGUUGCCAAAAAGGAUAGGUGAUCUUGAGUUUGAAAUGCAGCUGGAAAUGGCCAAAGCUGCGACAGCAUCUGGACAUGAUACAAUUGAUAGAGAGUCAUCUCAAACGAAUUUCCAUUUUCGCUCUCUUAGUAUGUCAUAUAGAGGAACGAGAAGAGUCAGAAGUGAAGAAUCCCCAGCUUCUCACGGAUUUUCUGUUGCCUUUGGAUCCAGGAAAGUAGGGGCUCCUUUGUACUGGGCAGAAGUAUACUGUAGCGGGGAGAACCUGACAGGCAAAUGGGUUCAUAUUGAUGCUGUCAAUGCUAUUAUUGACGGGGAGCAGAAAGUAGAAGCUGCAGUUUCUGCAUGUAAGACUUCUUUGAGAUAUGCUGUUGCUUUUGCAGGAGAUGGAGCUAAAGAUGUGACACGCAGGUAUUGUAUGAAGUGGUACAAGAUAGCUUCAGAGAGAAUCAAUAUGGGAUGGUGGGAUGCUGUGUUAGCACCAUUGAAAGAGUUGGAGUCGGCAGCAACUGAAAAUAUGCUUAUGAGACGGGAGGGUUUGAAUAAGCAUGAGAAGACAAAAACAACUGGAAUGCCUGGUCAGUCCAUGCUUGACUGCGCAUCAGGCCCUGAGAAAUCUCUGGCAGAGUGUCCCGUAGAAAAUUCAUAUGGUGUUUCCAGGAGCUGUCUUGAAGAUAUAGAGUUGGAAACUAGGGCUUUAACUGAGCCUCUUCCGACUAAUCAGCAGGCGUAUAAAACCCAUCCAUUGUAUGCUCUUGAAAGGUGGCUUACCAAGUAUCAGAUGCUUCACCCCAGGGGUCCUGUAUUGGGUUAUUGUUCUAAUCAUCCUGUUUAUCCUCGAACUUGUGUUCAAGUUCUCCGUACAAAAGAAAGAUGGUUGCGUGAAGGGCUGCAGCUCAAACCCAAUGAACCUCCAGCAAAGGUGUUGAAGCGUUCACCAAAGCAGAACAAAGAGCAAGCUUCUGAAGCAGAUGAAUAUGAUGAGGGAGACGACUGUGGACGAGAUACUUCUCUUUAUGGGAAGUGGCAAACAGAACCACUGCAACUGCCUCAUGCUGUAAAUGGAAUUGUACCAAGGAAUGAACGCGGCCAAGUGGAUGUUUGGUCUGAAAAGUGUCUUCCCCCAGGAACUGUGCACCUGAGGUUUCCAGGUUUGGUCCCCAUUGCAAAGAGACUUGAAAUCGAUUUUGCACCUGCUAUGGUUGGUUUUGAGUUCCGGAAUGGUCGCUCUGUCCCUGUGUAUGAAGGCAUUGUGGUGUGUACUGAAUUUAAGGACUCAAUUCUGGAGGUGUAUGCAAAAGAAGUGGAGAAAAGGGAUGCAGAAGAAAGGAGGAGGAAUGAAUCACAAGCUAUUUCUAGAUGGUAUCAACUACUUUCAUCCAUUGUAACUAGGCAAAGGUUGAAAAAUCGCUAUGGUGAUGGCUCUGCUUCACAGUCUGUAGCUCACACACCAAAUUCCAAUGUCGAAGCUGGUGCACGUGUCAGUAAUGAUAAGGAUGCUGCCAAGCAAACAUCCAAGUCCCAGCCAAGGGAUCUGCAUGUCGGGAAAGAGAAAGCUCGACAACCAGAAAUUACUGAUGAACAUGAACAUGUAUUUGUGAUGGACGAUCAGUCGACUGGUGAUGAAGAAAGUUCCACAAGGAUUAAGCGUUGUCACUGUGGAUUUUACAUUGAAGUGGAGGUGUUAUAGUACCUAGGCUUAUCCUGCAUUUAACUUAUAUUGAUAAUCAAUCACCUUCAGAUGGCCGUAGGUAGUUUAAUUUUCUUGGAUGCUUGGUGAUUUCAAAGGUUUGCCUCUCUGUGUAUAUUGCAUUAUUUUGGAUGUAACAGAUACGAAACUUAAAGCUCUAUAUCUUCUAUAUCGUUAUACUGCCUUCUACGA